GUGUAGCAGGAAGCCUUAGGUAUGCCAUAAUGCCUUGAACAGGCCACAGAUAAUGCAAACAACAAAUCACGCUUUUGAGAAAGAGUCCUUCCUUUGGCUGGAUAAAUGGGAAAACAUCAUGCAGUUCUGGAGUUUACUGAGUUGUUCCACUGGAGAUAUUGCCAGGUUUUCGUACUACGGAGAAUAUGACAGACACCUAGCAUCUCCCAACGGCAUGGCAACAGGAUACCCGGACCCUAACAUAAAUAACCAUGGCCUGAGUCAGGGGGUGAAACCACGCUUCAGUGGAGGGAUGGAGCGGCCGCCCGGGACGCUGGAGCGUGUGCUCAAAGUCUUCCACUAUUUUGAAAACAGCAGUGAACCCUCCACAUGGGCCAGCAACAUCAGACACGGAGAUUCCACUGACAUCAAGGGGAUCAUUCAAAAGAUUGUGGACAUCCACAAAGUGAGGUGUGUUGCAUGUUUUGGCUUGCGGCUCAGCCAUCUGAAGACAGGCGAGAUUCACUGGCUCCACCCGGACAUGGGCGUCUCGCACGUAAGGGAGCGAUAUGAGCGCCGCCACCCACAGGACGAGUGGAGGUAUGAGUUGCGGAUACGCUACCUGCCAAAAUCAUUCCUAAACCAGUUUACCGAAGACCCGCCAGCACUAAACUACUUUUACCAUCAGGUGAGAAGCGAUUAUAUGAUGGAAGUAGCUGAUCAAGUCGAUCAGGAUAUUGCACUUAAACUGGGCUGUCUUGAAAUCAGGAGGUUUUUCAGAGAGAUGCCAGGAAAUGCCCUUGAUAAAAAAUCCAACUAUGAAUUACUAGAAAAAGAUGUUGGUCUGAGGAGAUUUUUUCCCAAAAGCUUGUUGGACUCAGUCAAGCCGAAAUCAUUACGGAAGUCGAUCCAGCAGACCUUUAAGUUGUUCGCCAAUCUUAACGACGAGCAGAGCAUUGUCAAGUUCUUUGAAAUCCUGUCACCAAUUUACAGAUUUGACAAAGAAUGCUUCAAGUGUGCUCUCGGGUCCAGCUGGGUGAUAGCAGUAGAGCUUGCCAUCGGUCCUGAGGAAGGAAUCAGCUACCUCACUGACAAAGGCUCAGCUCCGACACACCUGGCUAACUUCACGCAGGUGAAGAGCAUUCAGUUUGAGGAACAGGAGAAGAAAGGCAUUCUUCAGUUGGAUGUAGCUGGUGCAGCAGAGCCUCUAAAGGUGACGACACCGUGUGUGAGCACCGCAGAGAACAUGGCCGACCUUAUCGAUGGUUAUUGUCGUCUCGUCAACAAAACUUCAUUAUCCUUCAUCGUCCGUGCGCACAAAGAGGGAGAAAGAGCAUUGCCUUCAAUCCCAAAGGCUCCAAAAGCCUCGAACCAUGACAAACGACUACAGAGUGUCAGGGCCAAGGCUGUCUCUGUCUCAGAUGAGAUUAGUGGAGACGAGACAGACGACUAUGCAGAGAUCAUAGAUGAAGAGGACACGUACACCAUGCCCUCCAAAUACUAUGGACUAGAUGAAGCCAGGGAUUAUGAGAUCCAGAGAGAGAGAAUUGAGCUGGGUCGCUGUAUAGGAGAAGGCCAGUUUGGAGACGUCCACCAGGGAAUCUACGUUUGUCCGGACAGUCCUGGCCUCUCUGUGGCCAUAAAGACUUGUAAAAACAGUACAUCAGACAGCGUCCGAGAGAAAUUUCUCCAGGAGGCCUUAACAAUGCGGCAGUUUGACCAUCCGCACAUCGUGAAAUUGAUCGGCGUCAUCACAGAAAAUCCAGUGUGGAUCAUUAUGGAGCUCUGCACAUUGGGAGAGUUGCGCUCCUUCCUGCAAGUGCGGAAGUACAGCUUGGACUUGGCCUCACUCAUCCUCUAUUCCUACCAGCUCAGCACAGCACUCGCAUACUUGGAGAGCAAACGCUUUGUGCACAGGGACAUAGCUGCUAGAAACGUACUGGUGUCAUCUGUAGACUGCGUGAAACUGGGAGACUUUGGUUUAUCCAGAUACAUGGAGGACAGCUCCUAUUAUAAAGCCUCCAAAGGGAAGCUGCCUAUUAAAUGGAUGGCACCAGAAUCCAUUAACUUCAGACGCUUUACAUCAUCCAGUGACGUGUGGAUGUUUGGUGUGUGUAUGUGGGAGAUAUUGAUGUACGGAGUGAAGCCCUUUCAAGGUGUGAAAAACAAUGAUGUGAUUGGCCGUAUUGAGAACGGCGAGCGACUGGCCAUGCCGCACAACUGCCCCCCGACCCUGUACAGUCUGAUGACCAAGUGCUGGGCUUACGACCCGAGCAAGCGGCCUCGCUUUAAUGAGCUCAAAGCACAGCUGAGAAUUAGUGUAGCUGCUGAUGUGUUCGCAGGAUAUUGCAAAGAUCUUCCACGUCCAUCAUGGCAUUAAGUGAGUCAUUUUUUAACAGAUAGCUAACGUAGAUUGAUACGGAGAGCAACCCACAUUUAGACCUUUUAAAUUCUCAUUCAAGCUUAGGAAAGCAAGUUUGUUUUUUGAAGUUUGUCACAUCAUUAGUAAUUCGGUGUGGGUGGGGGGUAUAAGUCAGACCUCAGAAAGACACAAUAAAGUGAUAGGAGCUCAAGAAGGAACAAAUUUGUCCACUAUAUAUUCCAAAAAUCCAAAUAUCAUUUAUUGUCAUUAUUUGUUUAGUAUUAAUGCGGUCACUUUUAUACUUUAUUAAAUCUAAUACAGGCACAAUGGCAGCCCUCUCAUCUGAAAGAAGUGUGUAAUUGUAGAUUGUGUAAUUGUUGAUGGUAUUUCUAUGAGGAGAAAACGUUCAUUCAACAUUUUUUGGAAGGAGUCUCCAGUUUCAGUGUCCUGUAACAGUCUGAAGUUUUUACAUAUGGGAAAGUAACGUGAUGAGCUGUGUUUAUUUGUCUUCCUAACUUCAAGAGAGUGAGGAAAAAAAUGACGAGAUCCAAACUCGUUUGGAGAUGCCUCACAGCAAUGUAAACUAUAUAAUAAUAAAUAGUACAGUGCUGUUAAUGGAAAAUGAUUAGCUACAUGCUGGUUACAGCAUUACAUGACCUCACUGUGUAUUAUUCUCCUAAACCAGCACCUUCCUUCUGUUUUAUUCCUUACUCAAAAGACAAAUACACUAUAUUUACCUCCAAAUUAUUCAAUUCAGGUGUUUCAAUCACUUCCAUGGCCACAGGUGUAUAAAAUCUAGCACCUAGGCAUGCAGACUGCUUCUACAAACAUUUUUGACAGAAUGGGUCGCUCUCAGGAGCUGAGUAAAUUCAAGCCUGGUACCGUGAUAGGUUGUCCCCUGUGCAAUAAGUCCAUUCGUGAAAUUUCCUCACAACUAAAUAUUCCAUGGUCAACUGUUAGUGGUGUUAUAACAAAGUGGAAGCAAUUGGGAACAUCAGCAACUCAGCCAAGAAGUGGUAGGCCCUGUUGCUUUAACCUUCCUAUACCACUCCACACCUAUUAGACUAUUAGAAACUAGGUGAUGUGUGACGAAUACAUACUCUUAAUGUGUAGGCUGCUUAAUUCAGCUUAACGCUUCAGCUAAGGGGUAGAGGCAAGUACUUAUCAUAAAUAUCACACACACUGGUUAAUCAGCCCCAUCAGUGAGCCUUGGGUGCCCAUGACCCUGUCGCCGGUUCACCACUGUUCCUUCCUUUUGAUAGAUACUGACCACUGCAGACCAGGAACACCCCACAAGAGCUGCAGUUUUGGAGAUGCUCUGAUCCAGUUGUCUAGCCAUCACAAUCUGGCCCUUGUCAAACUCACUCAAAUCCUUACACUUGCCCAUUUUUCCUGCUUCUAACACAUCAACUUUGAGGACAAAAUGUUUACUUUCUGCCUAAUAUAUCCCACCGACUAACAGGUGCCAUGAUGAAGAGAUCAUCAGUGUUCACUUCACCUGUCAGUGCUCAUAAUGUUAUGCCUGAUCAGCGUAUUUUGUGGUACUGUAUAGUUUUUACCAAGAUUUAUUUUUAACUUAGUAGUAGUUUAAGGGGAUUAUUUGGUUGGUACCAGCACAGUGAAUUUUCCACAUAUCUUUAUUUAAAUAAAGAAGCUAUUCUAAGAUGAUUAUGAUGAUGGUAAUUAUUAUUAUUAUUAUUAUUAUUAUUGGUAUUAUUAUUAUUUCCCCAAACAUUUUAAUCAUUGUGUGCCGAAGAGCAUUGACACCAGCUCGGCUCUCGUGUGGUCUUUCUCAUCUUGUCGACUGAAGAAAUAAAAGAAAUUUGGGUGACACAUGCGCCUGCAUGCACGGUUAGCUGAAGCACUGCUGGAGGUUUCCAGGUAAAAUUCUACUUGGGAGAGAGACACUCUGGGCCACGCUUUUAAGAAUGAUCUGAACAGGUGUAUUUUAACUCUGUUGUGUCCUUCAUUCAUCUGUUGGCUGCACACAUGCUGGGUUUGUCAGGGUUCAUUGCAUCUAAAAAUAGAUGAGAGCCCGGGUAUAGGACAUGAAGUACAUUCUCUUAGCACUGCGUCUCAAACGCUUGUGCUGUUAACAUCUCCUCCAUCUCUCCACUA